AUGGCAAACCAAGACGAUCUUGCUCUCCCGUACCGCGGCGCCCCUUUCCCCACGAAAUGGCGCCGAAACCACCCACGGUCAAAGAAUGGGUGUCUUACGUGUCGCACUAAACGUAAGAAGUGUGAUGAAGUCAAGCCAGUCUGCUCGUCGUGCACCCGGACCGGGCAAGAAUGUGUUUGGCCCUCUCAGGAGAGCACUUCUCAAAGAGCUAUCCCGGAAGACGGCACUGCCAAUGAGCCACUCAGAACCUCCGGCCCUUCCCCAGACUCAGCAGCCUUGCAGUCGAAGUCCCGUUCAUCUUCUCCUCGGGCCGCGCCGACCUACGGCAACCUAGCUUAUCUAAGCGAUAACUCGCGUCCGCUCUAUCAGCAGUACCUGGAUGUCACAGCCGAAAUGCUGACUCGAGGGCCCUGCUUAGAUGGAAACCCCUUUAUUCAUUAUCUUCUCCCAUUGGCUGCGAAUGAUAAGCUGGUUCUUGAUUGCAUCCUAGCUAUUGGAGGAGCUCAUCUGACAGUCAAUGAUACGACGUCUACUAUCCAAAGAGCCCGAGCUUUAGAAGUGGAGACUCGUGGACAUUAUGCGACUGUACUGUCGGGAUUACAGAAGCUCUUAUCUUAUCAGACGAGUCAGAUCGUCCUACCGACGGAUGAACAGACAGGGCCACCUACCCCAAUCCGCAUCCUGCUGAUUCUAUUACUCCUCUGCGUCUAUGAUCAUGUUCAAGGCCAUUCUCGCGGCUCCAUGUAUCAUCAUCUCAAAGCUUGUCGACAGUACAUCAACCUCCUCACAUCCGAGCUUACGCCUCCCAACGAAUUGAAACACCUGAAGGGAUUUAUGCUGGAGCUCUAUGCUUACCAUGCAAUCAAGAUCACCAUCACGCCUCGCAGCUUUCUAUCUGACGAGGUCGUGGAAAUCGACCCAUCGGUCUAUUCAUUAGACAUACUGAGAGCAUACAAAUCCAGAGGAUUUCUACUCGGCUUUGGGCAGGGUCUGUGGGAGAUGGUUCCAGAGAUCUCUCAACUAGUCGAAGCCCGCCGGGAAGAAGAGAAGAGAAACAUCAUAGCCCCUACCGCAUUUCAAGAACAGUAUGCUUCACUUUUAACGAGGCUCGAAGCCUACAACGCAUUCGAAGAAGACACAAAUGGCCUAUGUUCUCGCGAAGAGCAAGCUACAGCUGUGAUGAUAUAUCAACACGGUCUUAUCGUAUACUUGCAGUCAGCCUUCUACCCCGACAUGCUCGCAGAUCCGAACCUCGCCGCCGAAAUCGACAAUCGAGUAGAACAGACCAUGUCAGCCUUUUAUUCAUUGUUUGUUAGCGAGUCGCCAUAUCGUCGAAUGCUCCUCUGGCCGGGCACUAUUAUGGCCUCAGUCGCGAGACGUCAAGAGCAUAUUCAUGUGUUCCGCGCUGGGUUCUUCGCUAGAGCUUCGCGUACACCUGGUGCAGUCAAGAUGGGGGCAAAAAUAGUCGAACUUCUUUGGAGUGACCCUGACCCUCGAGCUUUUGGUCCAAGAGGUGUCUCUUAUAUCAUGACCAAGCAUGAUAUUAGCUUGAGUUUAUGCUAA